AUGCAGCGCACGGACGAAGAGGCUCGCCCGCUCCUGGGCGACGCUCGAUCGAACGUUUCACACGAUGCUGCCAGUAUCUCGUCCGACGCACCUGCAACCUGGAAGGCCAACGCUUCUCGUCGGCUGAGACGACACUGGCCCAUCCUUCGCGUCCUGACAGUCACGCUGCUCUGGGGUAUGGCAAAUUACGGAGCCGUGCCAUCGUAUCUCGAUGGUCUCCGCAGCUACACCUGCUCGUAUGUUUACUCUACGCACCCGAGCUUGCUGCCUACAGAACCGCAUCCGAAGCUUCCGCGCGAUCGGGACAGGCCGUGCGCCAUCUCUGGUGUCGAGAGCAGGGUUGGCAUUGUCGUUGCCAUCGCCACCCUGCUCAGCUUUGUUGUGUCGAGCAUCAGCAUGCUCUACUACGGGCCGCGCCUCUCCCGCUGGGGUCGCAAGCCCAUGUUGCUCAUCUCGCUCGUUUCCAACAUGAUCAACUACAUUCCGUUCGCGCUGCUUCCGCUUGGCUAUCCGUUUGGCGACAUCCCCUCCGAGCUUUCGAUCAGCCCUGCGACUUCGAUGGUCAUCAUUCUCUUCUGCAGCUUCGUCACGGGUCUGACGGGGUUCACUGGCUUGUUCCUCUGCGUUGUGCGCGUCAUGAUUGUGGAUGUGGCUCCACCGACACGUCGCACCAUUGCGCUCAACUGGCUUGUCAGUGCGAUGAUGUGCGGCGCUUUUUUGGGUCCGCUGCUGGCAGCCUGGGCGCUCGACACCUCGGUCAAAGCUCACAAGCGCCGCGACUUUGAGCGUCUCUUCGACACAUCCCACACCAGCUUGGAGUUGCCAUCGGAACCGACGGCUCCUCCCAUUCCAGGUACACCUCAGUCGCCGUCCAAGCACGGCAAUCCAGCGGCCCUGGUCGCUUGCUGUUGGGUCUUUUUCCUCGCCAUCGUCUGGGUGAGUCUGUUGGUUCCCGAGACCAAGCCAGUCACGGUCGGGAAUGCAGCGGGUCCGAAUCAAACAGCAACCGAUGCGCCGCAAGAGAACGAUGUCGACGUACAACACGAUGCAGAACAAUCCUCCAUGUCGCCAUCGCGCCUUCGUAUUCACAAGAUGCUCGGGCCGCUUGCCAUCUAUCUGCCUCAAGUGACGCGAGAAGGGCGCAAAGACUAUCGUCUCACUUGGCUAGCACUCGCUGGUGCUAUUGCCAACAUCGGCUCAAAUGCAUUGUCCUACAUUGCCGUCUUCGCUGGCUACAAGUUUGACUUUACUCCGGACGCCAUUGGUCUGUUGCUUGGGCUGAUCGGUGCGACAAGGGCCGCAUGGCUUCUCUUUGCCAUCCCGCUUCUCGUCCUUUUCUUCGAGCGCACUAUUCGCAAAUCAAGUCGCAUUGCUUCGCUCUCUGCUUCUGAGCUCGAAGCGCUCGCGAAAGCUGGUCUCAAGGAUCCGAAUCUCAAACAAGCAGACCGCCGCCAAGCGCAGGACCUCGGCGAUCAGGGUCUGGCCCAACCAUUAGAAACAGAUGCAACCACGGACGCGCUAUCCGAAGAGACGACGAUGGAACUCGUCUCGGCUGUGGUGCUCUGGAGAACGGCCGUCGAUUUGGCCAUCACCAGAGUAUCGUACUUCGCCGACAUUGUGGGCUACCUGGUGGUAUUUGUGUCUGCAAGCUUUUCCAACGCAGCUGCCAUGAUCUUUGCCCGAUCGCAAUGA